GCAAAUAUAAUUACUGUAUGCUGAUAAUAUGUUGCCUGUUAAUCUUAACGAUGUAUAUGGACCUUUUCGGCUUCUCCGUCCUGCUGCCGAGUGUCGCCUGCGACUUUGCAUUGACCAACACACAGCAAGGACUGCUAUCAGCUAUACCACUUAUAGGUAUAAUGUUUUCUUCAUAUGCUUGGGGAUUGAGCGCUGAUACCCUAGGUCGAAGAAAAACGCUCCUUACUGCAAUGCCUAUAGGGUCGUGUUUCAGUUUCUUCACAAGUAUUGCACCGAAUUUUGUAUCUUUAUGUGUACUUAAGUUUUUCUCAGCUUGCUUCUUAUCAUCAGCAAAUGCAGCGGGUUUCGUCUUUCUCGGAGAGAGUGUACCAGCCCAUCAUAGGAGUCAAUUUAUGUUUCUAAUGGCUAGCGCGACUAUGAUUGGACAAUUGGCUAUUUGCAUACCAGCGCUCAUAGUCCUACAAUUCACAUUUCACAUCGAAGUGGCCUGGCUGAGCCUGGUCUACCGUCCCUGGAGGCUACUCCUCCAGACUCUCAGUGUUCCUGGUCUCCUGGUAGCUUUGGGAUUGUAUUUCCUGGAGGAAAGUCCCAAAUUCCUCCUCAGUAAAGGACAAGAGGAACAAGUGAUGAAAGCUUUGAAGAGGAUCUAUGUGUGUAACACGGGGAAAGAUGAUGAUUCUUAUCCGGUAUCUUCCGUGUUCUUAGAAGCGUCAGAAAUGAAGACAGAAGUGAAACAGUCGCCAAUACAAAAGGUUUGGGGCCAAACGGCUCCGCUGUUCAAACCACCGCUAUUGGAGAAUUCUCUGAAGCUCUACUUCAUCUUAUUGUGCUCGUAUAUGACUUCCACAGGUUUCACGAUGUGGGUACCAACAAUAACCAACGCAUAUUUCAACGGAGAGAACAAUGUCACCGGGUUGACGUUUUGCGAAGUCGCAAGUGCUGCCGCGAGUAAAACUGCGUACAAAAAUACUACACUAGCAGCAAGCAUAGACUGCAAUGACGUCGUCAAACCCAAAGCGCUCUACGCGGUAAUGGUCUACUCCGGUCUUUGCGGUCUACUCAACCUGAUUCUGACGUUCAUAGUGAAGCCGUUGGGAAAGAAAAAGACCACGUUAUUAGUUAUUAUCAUUACGCUAGCAAGUGGAUGCUUUUUGCCGUUCGUGAGGGUUCCGAUAGUCAGCAUUAUAUUGUUCUUCUUCUUUCCGUAUGUGGCCUUGAUUUUGGGCAAUAUCAACACGUACUUGGUGGAAUUGAAUCCUACUUAUUUAAGAGGAAUGGCAACAUGUCUCUCAGUGGUGGUGGCGCGCGGGUUCGGCUUCAUCAGCGUGCAAGUGAUCGCUAUGAACAUGGCCAACCACUGCUUCCCGAUGAUAUGCAGCUAUAUUUUGCUGGGUUUCUUGGGCCUACUUACCGCUUUCUUCCUGCCGCCAGAUGAAAAGAAAAUAGAAAAGAUCUAAGAAAAAUUUAUAUAUAUUAUCUUUAUUGUAUUUUGUAUGUAUUUAACAAUCUUAUAUCCGUAAUUUUUAUAUUUUAAUCUAUAUAUAAGAAUCAUGCAAAUAUAAAAACAUAUAUGUAUAUGUAUAUAAUAUAAUAUAUUAAUAUAUAAUCAUUUUAUAUUUAUUUUGAGGCAAUAAUUUUGCGAUCUAAGUAUAGGAUCGAUUCAGCCCCAUGGUGUGGCGUCAUAGGCAUAUUCAAAAUAAUUAAAAACUAGUGUGUAUAACGUUUGUAACUAGGUAAUUAAAUUUUACGUAAGUCACACAAAAUAAAAUAAACCGUGAUUUUGAAGUAAAUAUAUUUUUUAAGUUAGAAAGUAACUCAUAACUGUGUUGCAAUAAAAACAAUUUAAUGCAUAGGUACUUGAAUAUGUAAAAAUCAACAUUAUUUGGCAGUUAAGGACGUUACAGAAAAGAGCCAUUCGCUCUAUAUACAUAUAAUUUACGUGCUCGGGACUCACUAAGAGAUCUCUUUAAGAAUACUGGUAUACUUACUGUAC